AUGCGGCCACCCACACCGCUGCCGCUGCCGCUGUCGCUGCUGCUACUGGCGGUCGCCUGCCUCACCCCGCAGGCGCAGAGCCGAGCGGUGCUGAGCAUGUCCCCGCUGCGCGGCCACGCCGCCGCGCUUGCGCUGGAGGGUGGAUGGGGCGCGCACAGCGGCGACUACGACUACUACUCCGACUACUCGGACUACGCGGAGGAGCGCGCCAGCGCCCACGCGGAAGAGCAAGAGUCGGCGGGCGAUGAGGAGGAGGAGGGCGAGGGGGAGGAGAGCGAGUGCAUGCGGGCGCUGCUGGAGGCGCUGCGGAGGCGCUACCGCGACGACCCGCGCCUCGCGACCCCGGCCACGCCCACGCCCACGCCACCGCCCACGCCACCGCCCGCUCCCACGCAGGAGUCCUCCAGGCGCAGGAGGCAGGCGCCCGGGGACAACGAGAUUGAUUCUUCGACAUCCUCACAAGGAGUGGCAACAGCGGAUUAUAGCGCACCGGAUAGCUCUACCAAUGAAGAAACUGUCAAAGACCAUAUGAAUGUGAAACGUAAGAACCAGGUGAUUGGCUCCUAUCCUGUAUCUAACAAGUUGCAUUCGCCUGUGGAUAUUAGCGAUGAAGAUUCGUCCGACAUCGGUGGUGAAGGUCGCGGUGAGAGGCCGCCCCAGCUGAACGAAGAGCACGUGGAUGCCAUCUUCGCCUUGCUCUCCGACUUCCUGCGCCGGCACUCCGCUACCGGCGCCGAUCCUGACCGCCGCCCCGCCCACUACCCGCCCCGCCCACCUACCCUCUCCCGCCCCCGCCUCCCACCACCACCACCCACGCCCACGCGCCGGCGCGCGUCCGCUACCACCUGCAUCCCGCACACGCACCCGCGGGGGCGGUUCAUUUCCUGA